UGGGAAAACAAAAAUAUAUAUUCAAAUCAUAAAUAGCAGGAAGGAGAGAGAGAGAUAAAGAUAAACCAAUAACUCAGCACCAGUUUCGCACACGAACCAGCCUUCUUUUCAGUCUGCCAACGAACCCACCAACUCUUUACCCAUCUUCCUUCCUCUUCAUCUUUAUCAGAAAUGGAGUACGGCGUGGAAGCGAGAGCGUUAAGACCAAGUUUAGUAGUAGGAGAAUAUGCCAUGAAGCCGACACAGCAAGCGUUUUUAGAAGACCAUUUGUGUGCUACCGGCGUUCCCAGCGAAGAUUUCUCAGUUGACUACUUUCUUAACCUGUCUAAUGCGGAAUUAGAAGAUGGAUACGUUGAGGAAGAAGAGGAGGAGGAAGGAGAGGCGGAAAAAGACUCUAUUUCAGGUUCGUCCUCGCCGGACCAAGCAGACGAUUAUAAUUCCAACUCAACCAAUUGCUCCGGCACGGCUGAGUCCGAGUCUCAUCUCGCCAGCGAACUUGCCGUUCCGGACGAUGAUCUUGCAGACCUUGAAUGGCUUUCUCACUUCGUGCACGAUGAUUUGCCAGAGGUUUCUCUUUCAUUCCCCGCCGGAGAGCAGAAAAUCGAAAGUCGUUCAACGAACCGGUCCGAACCGGAGUGGAGACCGAGACCUCCAUUUUUCCCUUUAUUAAGGGUUCCAUCCAAAGCCAGAAGCAAAAGGUCCAGAGCCGGUAAACGAGUUUGGAGACUUGGGUCACCGCUCAACGAAUCGUCACCGCCGUCUUCUUCAGCAUCGUCUCCUGGGUUUUCUUCGACGCCUUGUCUUAUCUUUAGCAAUACGGUUCAAACCAUGGAGUUGUUCGAUUUUGCUGAACCGCCGACGAAGAAGCUGAAGAAACCGGCUGUUCAAACCGGUGGGGCACCAGGUGGUUCCCAGUUUCAGCGUCGGUGCAGCCACUGCCAGGUGCAGAAGACCCCGCAGUGGAGAACCGGUCCAAUGGGCGCCAAAACGCUUUGCAACGCUUGUGGGGUUCGGUUCAAGUCCGGCCGGCUAUUCCCAGAGUAUAGACCGGCCUGUAGUCCGACUUUUUCCGGCGAUGUUCAUUCGAAUAGUCACCGCAAAGUGUUGGAGAUGAGGAAGAGAAAGGAGAUUAUGACUGAACCAGAAUCCAUGUUGACCCAGAUGGUUCCAAGUUUUUGAUAGUCUAACAUAGAAAAUAGUUACAUGUGAACCGGUCUGAGCCGCUUUAGGUUUUUUUAUUUAUUUUUUGUUAUUAGGAAGGAUCUUAAUUAUAACUCUAGUUUUUCUUCUUU